CACGGCAGGAAGUGAAGCUCACCCAGGGACACGAGAGGCAGGAAACUACAAAAUAAAACAGGAAACAAACCCAAACCGUGACAAUUUAAUAUUAUCUCAAGUGACAUGGUGAGGAAUAUAUUAGCCUCACAAGAUGCUAAUUAUUAUUAUUGACUAAUAACAACACGAAUCGUUAUUAUAUUAUACAAUAAAUGGGAAUAAAAUAAAAUCAUGGACCUGCCACAGAAAGUUUAGCUGCUGGUAAUCUGCUCAAUCUAGUGCCGCUGCUGUGUGCGGAUGGAUAAUCACCACGAGGGCCUGAGGUCGGUGAUAUGGCCUCCGGGCACAGCGGGGGGGGGAGCGCGCAGAGCGGCGCGGCGCGCUGGUGUAACCGGACAGGAGCCACCGUCGCACCGGGGGAGGCCAGGAAAGUCACACCCGGGAGGCCGUCGGAAGGGCGCGAGACCCACGCGGCCCGUCUCCGUGUCGGCAUGACAGACAUUGACGAUUCCCACGAGCGGCUCCAGAGGGACGCCCAGUUCCUCUGCUCGGACCGCAGGAUGGACACCGAACUGGUCGACAGGCUGGUGCUGCAGCUGAACCGGAUCUACCCCCAGAUACUCAGCGACAAGGAAGCCCACAGGUUCAGGGACCUGAGCGUCCCCACCGAGGCGAGGUUAGCUCAGCUGUUGGCGUUCCUGCGUGGCAAGGGCGAGGAAGCGUGUCACGAAUUCUACCGAGGACUUCACAUCCUCGCCGAGAACGUCUACGCCGGCCUUCCGUCCAGAGCAAUACGAAGAGAGGUGGCCGAUCCAAAGAGAACGACCGCUGGGACGAUCCGCCCGCAGCGAUACGUACAGAACGACAGAGGGUCCAUGUUCUUCCUGAGCUGUUUCAGCGUCGUGGUCGGCGCCGCGAUGCUCUACUACUACGGAGAGGGGGAGACGUUGAGGAGCACUUGUCCUUUUCUUCAAGGCUCUGCGGCGGGUUUCAGCAAAGGUGCUAACUAUGUUUUCGUUUCCUACGCCGAGGUUGGAAGGCAGAGGACAUGAAGCCUCUGAGACGCCGAGGUGCUUAAGAAGUGGCACCGUGAGUAGAGCGGCCCGUGGCACAUGCCACUUCUCUGUGCCAAAUCUGUGUUCCGCAGAGGUAACAAUCGCACGCAUUUGAAAGCGAUAGCUGAUGGACUUUUCCUCCACAUGGAAAAGAGAAAUUUAAGAGAAUCUUUGCUGGCUUUGCUGACGGUGCAGAACAAUGAUGAUCCCGUUCAUAUUUUCAGACAAGAUGAAGCGUGAUAUCAAGUGUAACUGCACGCCCACGCAGCCGUUUUCAAUCACUCUGCCUGAUUAGACCCAGUUUUUGGAGAAAUUAUUAACAAAGGUCAAAGGUGAGAAACAAUAUCCUUUUUGUUUAUCCGGUUUGAAUUGGGCCAAAAACCACACACAUGAUGUUCGUAAACUUUAACUUUUCGCCCGCCUGUACAUAUUUUUUCUAUAAUUAGUUCCAAUGGGUGGGGUCAACUGGAAAGGGGCGGGACUUCUGAUUAGGAAACAUAAGUGAAAACACCUUGAACUUUACAUUCUGCUCCAGUUUCUGGUACACGCAACACAUAUUCCCCCAGCUCAUCACUCCAGUGCCUUCUGAUACUGUGGUGGAGAAACUGUUCUGAUUACACUACUAUUGCAUUGUUCACCUCCAGUUGUAUCUUAUUUUUUAAAUAUACACCGAAAUGUGUACAGUUGAUUUGUAUCAAAUAAACGAAAGAAAUGCACAUUGAU